AUGGCCUCAAUAGACGUGUCCAUACGAACUGCCGCUUUGCUCGCUCUGUCCCAAGAUGUAUGUGCGUUGAUCGCACUUACCGUCGAAGCGACUUUGUCUGUCCUCAAUUUCAUCUAUCGGUCAAUCCUUGGUGUGUUAGGCUACGAGCGAACGGUUAGGUUCGAUCAUAGCAGAAGUGUAAGGAGGGAGAGCGGGAGAGGAUGUGGAGUGGUAGUGCUAGGUGCUAAUGAGGCCGCAGGUCAAAGUCUCACCCUCCACCUCGCCAAAAUAGGCUACACCGUCUUUCCUCUGAUCCCCUUGCCCGCCCCAUCUUCACCGCCCACUUCCUCAGCCCUCACACACCUUCUACUCACCUGGUCAAGCGUUCAGAAGAGACUCAGAGCGAGAUUUCCUGGUCAUCCCGGUGCGGUCGUUCCCGUCAUGGUUGAUCCAGAGGGUAUAUCAGAUCAUCUAUCCUCCUCUGCCAGAGGUGAUCUGAAGAGAUCAACAAACAGCAUAAAGGAGGAAAUGGGAGAAGGAAGGUUCAGUCAUGCUGGAGAGACUGUUCGGGCUUAUUGUAAAGAUAACAAAUUAAUGUUGGUUUCGAUCAUUUGCAUCAACAGAAAAUCGAAAGUGGUGUUUAGAUCGGAUCAAGGCAAUAAUGGAUUCAAUCUUAGAAGUGCAGGUAGUACUGAGGGGACUAGAGAGGAUCUUGAUCAUACAAAUGGAUCACCAGUGAUGAUGCAGCGAAGUUUAUCUGCUCCAUCCACUUCCAACUCUGCCUCUAAUGAUGCACAUUCGCCUCCUCCUAAAGAAGAUGAAAGAAAAGACACUACCUCAGCCAACUCAAAUACCAUAAGUACCGGUACUGGUACAUUGAUCAAUAAAAGACCUUCUGAACCUAUCAUUCCGCCUUCGCUACCUUCCACUUCAUUAACGAUGACUGACGAACACACGAUGAUCUCAUUAUAUCGAUCCAACAUCCUUGACCCACUGGCAAUAAUCAAAGAGCUAAGCGAUCUGCUGAGUGUGCCAUGCACUCAAGGGUAUUCCAAUGGUCGGAUCGUAUUUAUAGAUGGGGAAAAGGCCAAUCAAGGAAGAAUCAUUGAACUCAACGAUUAUACUUAUUCAGACGAAGCAGUAGUGGGGGCCCAGGAGGGAGGAUCGGAGUUUCAUGAGAGCAGGAAUAAGGUUGUAGAAUUUAUAUAUGGGGUGAGGGAGAAGGUUGUUGGGAUUGUUAGAGAGGAGAUGAGAGGUAUAGGGGUGAAUGUAUGUGAGGUGAUUGUUGGUCCAAUGUCUCCUCGUAUAGGCACAACGGGGUAUCAUCUCCGCCACUCAAGUGAGGAUAGCAAUGAAGGUGCUUCUGCUAUCCUUGGUGAUACUUUGAAAAGACCAAACUCUGAUGUGGAUGUGAUCCUCAAAUCGCCUCGCACGGUCAGAAGAAAACGAGAAGUUGCCGUAUCGUCCAGGUUCCAUCUGCUCACUCGUUUAUGGGCAGUCGACGAUGCCCUACUUUUCUCCUCCGUCAGACGGGCAAUCGAAGAUUCCUAUGUCCGAUACCAUCAUCGUGCAGGCAUUAGCCCAUGGGUCGAAGAACUCUUGGGAUGGGUGCCCUUCAAUUUGGGUUAUAUCUCUAAGGGGGUGGUCAAGGAAUUGCUGAAGUUUGGUUUGGGGGUGGAAUGGAUUGUCGAAGAGUGGUGGAAAGCACUUACCAAGUAG